AUGUCAGAUAUUCACAUUCAUUACCUUGGCCAGAAUUACAGCCUUGCAAAGGGCGAGUCUGCCCCUGAAUCCCCAGAAUCCACGUGGACGCCUGUUCUAUUGGUCCACCUGGAAGCCUGUGUUCAGCCUAGGAGCAGCCGAGUCUGGUCUGAUCACGUAUCAAACCAUGAACUAAAACACGACUCUGGUGAGACGCAAGUCGAUGAUCUUGGAGUGUCAACUUCAGCAAUCACAGGGAAAUUCAAUGGGCGUUCUCUUGCGCCACAGAGCCGCGGCAACCACACCGGGGGAAAGCCAUUCAACUGUUCUGAUUGUGGAAAGGGAAUUGCUCAGUUCUCUAACUUGCUGACUCACCAGUGGGUUCACACGGACAAGAAACCAUUUAAUGAUCCAGAGUGUGGAAAAGCCAUUAAAAGGUCUCAGGAACUGCUGUACCAUCAACGUGUUCACGCUGACGAGAAACCAUUCAAGUGCUCUCACAGAGGGAAUGGGUUCAGGCCGUCAUUCGAUUUCACUUUGCAUCUGCGAAGAGAGAGGCCGUUCGCCUGUUCUAAGAAUGGGAAAGGUUUCUUUCAGUCAUUCAGUCUGCUGAGGCACCAGUGA